AUGGAUUCGGUGGAGAAGACGACAAACACAAGUGAGCAGAAAUCCAGAAAGUUUCUGAAGAGCCUCAUCCGGAAGCAGCCGCAGGAGCUGCUGCUGGUCAUCGGGACGGGCGUGAGCGCGGCCGUGGCCCCCGGCAUCCCAGCGCUGCGCUCCUGGCGGGACUGCAUCGAGGCCGUGAUCGAGGCCGCGGACCAGCUGGAGGUGCUGCACCCUGGGGACAUCGCCGAGUUCCAGAGGAAGGUGACGAAGGACCGAGACCUGCUGGUCGUAGCCCAUGACCUCAUCCGCAAGAUGUCCCCUCGCACAGGUGACAGCAAGCCCAGCUUCUUCCAGGACUGUCUGAUGGAGGUCUUCGACAGCCUGGAGCAGCACAUCCAGGACCCGCUGGUGCUGCAGUCCAUCCUCAGCCUGAUGGAGCGUGGCACGCUGGUGCUGACCACCAACUACGACAACCUGCUGGAGAUCUUCGGGCAUCAGCAGAACAAGCCCAUGGAGUCCCUGGACCUCAAGGACAGGAACAAGGUUCUCCAGUGGGCGAGAGGACACAUCAAAUAUGGAGUUCUCCACAUCCACGGCCUGUACACAGACCCCUGCGGGAUGGUGCUGGACCCCUCUGGGUAUAAGGAUGUGACCCAGGACCCCGAAGUCAUGGAGACCCUGCAGAACCUGUACCGCACCAAGUCCUUCCUGUUCAUGGGCUGUGGCGAGACGCUGCGGGACCAGAUCUUCCAGGCGCUCUUCCUGUACUCGGUGCCCAACAAGGUGGAGCUGGAGCACUUCAUGCUGGUGCUCAAGGAGGACGAGGACCACUUCUUCAAGCACCAGGCGGACAUGCUGCUGCACGGCAUCAAGGUGGUGUCCUACGGGCACUGCUUUGACCACUUCCCGGGCUACGUGCAGGACCUCACCACCCAGAUCUGCAGGCAGAGGAGCCCAGAGGCUGACCGUGUGGACAGCACCACCUUCCUGGGGACCGCGUGCCAGGACUGCGCCAAGAGGAAGCGGGAGGAGAACGGAGUGGACGUUUCAAAGAGACCCAGACAGCCGGACACAGAUGAUGCUGGAGGAUCUUGA